GUUCCCCUGCUUCAGUGAUCUCUUGUCUUUGCUUUGCUCGUCUUCUUUAAUUACGAUUUAAUCUUUUCGCCUUCAAUUAAUCGUCUCUCUAGAUUCACUAGACUAGAUUCCCCAUUCUUAGCCUGUAAUUCUUAUUAUCGUCUCGUCAUUACUGAUUCCAGUUAAGCAGUUGCAGUGUUUGAAUUUUCAUCAGAGCAUUUUCUCGAGUUUUCAGCGGGUUACAAGUGGAAAUUAGGGUAAUCUUUUAGAAUGUAACUAGUUGUUGAGGCUGUUCCAAUCAUGGAGAAUCCAUUGGAGAAUCUUGGGUCAAAACACCUAAUAAAGAAGCAUGAAUUUGUGAGGAUCAUUAUUCAGUGUCUCUAUUCUUUAGGCUACAGAAAGUCUGCUGUUUCUUUGGAAUCAGAAUCUGGGAUUGCCUACAAAUCUGUUGAACUUAAGUCCCUUGAGUCGCAUAUUCUUGAUGCUAAUUGGGAUGCGUGUAUUGACCGCCUUAAUAGACUUAAUGGCUUGACCAAUGAGACAAGAGUGCCGGCUUUGUUUCUUGUUCUCAAACAGUGCUUAUCAGAGUAUUUGAAUCGUGGGGACGACUCUUCAGCUUUGGAAAUCUUACAGAAACAGAUAUCUGGUUUACAAGUGGAGAAAGAGAAGGUUCAUAAGCUUGCUUUUGGAUUUCUCUCCUUGAAGGAGUUGGGGUUGGGUAAGGCAGAUCUUGAUGUUAUUUCUAAUUUGCGAAAUUUUUUGCUGAUGGAACUUGAAAAAGUACUGCCGCCACCCAUUACAUUGCCCGAACGAAGAUUAGAGUACUUGGUUGAAAUGGCUGUAUGGUCGCAGAUAGAUAACUGUGUGUAUCAUAAUUCAGUUGAUGCAAUUUCACUCUACAAAGAUCACCAUUGUGAUGGAAGUCAGUUUCCAACUAAGACCACUCAGAUUCUGACUAACCACAGGAAUGAGGUCUGGUAUGUGCAGUUCUCUAACAACGGAAACUACUUGGCAUCAUCAUCAAGUGACUGCACGGCCAUCAUAUGGAAGGUACUGGAUGAUGGGAACCUGACCCAGAGACAUGUGCUGCAGAGCCACAAAAAGCCAGUUUCUUUUGUAGCAUGGAGUCCUGAUGAUACAAUGUUGCUAACCUGCGGGAACAUGGAAGUGCUCAAGCUCUGGGACGUGGAAACAGGUACAUGCAAGCACACAUAUGGCGGUGAUGGUUUCAUUGUCAGCUCUUGUGCUUGGUUUCCUGAUUCUAAGCGAUUCGUCUGUGGCAGUUCGGACCCUGAAAAAGGCAUAUACAUGUGGGACUGUGAGGGUAAGGAGAUCAAAUCGUGGAGAGGGCAGCGGAUGCCGAAGGUUUUAGAUCUUGCUGUUACACCUGAUGGAGAAAAACUUAUCAGCAUAUUUUCUGACAAAGAUAUCCGAAUAUUGAAUGUGGGGACAGGUGCUGAACGUGUGAUUCCAGAGGAGCAUCCAAUCACAUCCCUUUCAUUAUCAGGGGAUGGUAAAUUCUUCAUAGUAAACCUUAAUAGUCAAGAGAUUCAUAUGUGGGAUGUUGCAGGCGAGUGGUUUAGCCCCAUGAAAUAUAAAAGCCACAGACAACAUAAGUACGUGAUACGCUCCUGUUUCGGAGGAUUGGAUAGCACUUUCAUUGCCAGUGGUAGUGAAGAUUCAAAGGUGUAUAUAUGGAAUCGUCGAGGUUCAAAGCCUAUUGAGAUCUUGUGUGGCCAUACAAUGACUGUGAACUGUGUGAGCUGGAAUCCUAAAAGGCCUCAUAUGUUAGCUUCAGCGAGUGAUGAUCAAACUAUUCGCAUAUGGGGGCCUAACGUUCAAAGUAGACAGUAAUGAGUAAGCUGUUGUAUGUAAAUGGGAUUUUUUCUCAGUUGAGAUUUUCGUUUGCCAUGUAAAUCUGAUAGUUUUCCACUCAAUAUUUUUCCAAAUUUUGGCGUGUCGAUCCCCUGUAAAUUGCCACGGUUGAUUUUUUCCCCUAUCCCUUCCAAUAGGGUAGGUAGUGAGAAGAAUUUUGAAUCCUUGUAUUUGUACAAGGGCAGGAUUGAUUUCCCACCCUGCUCCAUUUUGGAUGCUAAUAAGUUCCACUUUUAUAAUGAAGAGUAUGAACUAUGAAGACGUUGGUUAGCCUAUGAAA